AACGCUUUUUAUGACGAACAAGUCGGUGAGAAAUUUAAAGCAUUUCUUGGAAAGGACCUUUGAGAAAAAAUGGGCGGAGAUCGAGAUGGAUCAACAACUUUUUAAAGAUUUAAGUGAAAUUCAUGCCAGGUUACUUGAUCAUCGACCAGUUCUGCAGGGCCACACUAAUUUUUUUGUAAAAGAGUUUGAGGAAAAAAGAGGCAACCAUGAAAAAGAAAGACUAAAGAAAUUGGAUGAAGAAAUAAAUGAAAUGAAAGAUGGCCUUUUACCAGAGGCCAAGGAAGGAAUGGACCAUUUUCUGGCAAAUAUCACUGCCAAAUUAAAAGUUGCAACAGAGGUUUGUAAGAGAGUCAAGGAAAAAGAAAACAAAGUAGAUACAGAGUUUAUAGAAAAAGAACGUGAGCGACGAAAAAGUGAUUGGACAGAAUUCUUGGCUCGUCAGUAUGAAACGUGUGACCAAGUGGAUGCUGAAUUUUCUGAACAAGCAGAUAUUGUGGCAAAACAUUAUGAAGACCUUGAGAAAAAUCUAACAGCUAUAAACAAUGCUGCCUCCUAACAUUCCUUUAAUGUUACUAAUGUCAGGAUUCUACUUGAGUUUCUGUUGAUUUGAUCUUUUAUUGUGGUUUUCUUUUUUUUAUAUAUAUAUAAUUGUUAAAUUUUAUAGGUGCAAUAAAUUUAACAUAUA